ACGUCAUUGGAUGACAGCUAGCUGUCAGAAAGUGAGUUCAUUCCCCCGAGCCGAGGAGACGGAACGCCGUCAAUAGGUUUUUACCCUUCCGCUGAUAUAUAGCACAUCGAGUCAGCGAGACAACGGACCAAGCUUUCCACCGAGCCCGGCCAUGGAUGAACAGGCGGGGCCCGGCGUGUUCUUCAACAAUAAUAACAACUCCAUUUUACCCGGCGGUGGAAAAGGACCUCUGCCCGAUGGCGACGCUGGGGAGGCGGCUAGGGCGCAGUACAGUAUCCCGGGGAUCUUGCACUUCCUGCAGCACGAAUGGGCCCGUUUCGAAGUAGAAAGGGCACAAUGGGAAGUGGAACGAGCCGAAUUACAGGCCCAAAUCGCCUUCCUGCAGGGGGAAAGGAAAGGCCAGGAGAACUUGAAGAAAGACCUUGUCAGAAGGAUCAAAAUGCUCGAGUAUGCGCUGAAGCAAGAGAGAGCCAAGUACCACAAGUUAAAAUAUGGGACAGAGUUAAACCAAGGUGACAUGAAGCCUCCAAGCUACGACUCGGACGAGGCCAAUGAGAACGAGACUUCUGGAUCGCUCAACAAUCAGCUGUCCUGGAAACAAGGCCGUCAGCUCCUCAGACAGUACCUACAGGAGGUGGGCUACACAGACACCAUCUUAGAUGUAAAGUCCCAGCGAGUCCGAGCACUGCUAGGACUAGCCGGGGAUGGAGCUGGAAGGACAGGUGAACGCACGAGCACCGAACCUUUGGUCAACGGGACAGACGCAACAACAAAGGGCACCAGAGGGAAAACGGAGCUCUCUGACACCAGCGCUGUACUGGAAGCCUUCAAGUUCAUUGAAAAUGCAGCUGCUGAGUUCAGCGAUGAAGACGAGGAAGAGGAGAGCGAGGGGAAAGACAGGACUAACGUGGAAUCGAGGACGAUCAUCAGGAAGAAGCCUGCAUCGUCUACGUCGCCCGCCAGUAUGGACACCACUGAGGACCCUGACACAGAGGAAGUGAUGAAGGGCUUCGACUUCCUGUCUAGUCCUGACGAGAUGGACACCUCGCCAGAGACUAGAGGCACCGGGGACGGCACAGACUGGGAAAAGGACGAGCAAGGUCCCAUUUCUGAGGCCUGGGACGUGGACCCGGGCCUGAUAACCAAACUCAAGGAGCAGUACAAAAAGGAGCGCAAGGGGAAAAAGGGGGUGAAGAGGGUGCUGUACUGAGUGUGGCGAUGAGCAGUACAGGGGAGCAGUGUUUCAGCGGCGGUGUCGACGGGACUAUUCAGUGCUGGAACACCCCCAAUCCCAACAUCGACCCCUACGACUCAUACGAUCCAUCUGUGCUGCGAGGAGCCCUGAGCGGACACACGGACUCUGUUUGGGGUUUGGUGUACAGCAGCGCACACCAGCGCCUUCUCUCCUGCUCCGCGGAUGGGACGGUGAGACUGUGGGACGCCAACACCACCUCACCUGCCCUCGCAGUAUUCAACGAAAACAAAAAGCUGGGAAUUCCCUCCUCGGUAGAUCUGGUGUGCAGUGAUCCAGCUCAUCUGGUCACAUCUUUCACAAACGGGCAAAUCGGCCUCUUCAACAUGGAGACCCGUCAGCUGGUUCUCAGUCUGGAGUCCAAUUUGGAGCCAGGCACUCCCUCUCACAUCAACAAGGUCCUCAGCCAUCCCACUCUACCCAUCACCAUCACUGCGCAGGAGGACAGACACAUCAAGUUCUUUGACAACAACAGUGGGAAGCUGAUUCACUCCAUGGUGGCCCAUCUGGAUGCUGUCACCAGCUUAGCAGUGGACCCUAAUGGACUUUAUCUUAUGUCAGGCAGUCACGACUGCUCUAUCCGUCUGUGGAACCUGGAGAGUAAAACCUGCAUCCAGGAGUUCACGGCUCACAGAAAGAAGUUUGAGGAAUCGAUCUACGAUGUGGCGUUCCAUCCGUCAAAAUGCUACAUUGCUAGUGCUGGAGCAGACGCUCUCGCUAAGGUGUUUGUAUGACGCGGAGCUGCGUCUCCCCCCACAGCCCCGCUCUCUGACUCAUCUUCCCGUGAUCAGGGACCAAUGGCGACACAGCAGAGGAAGGACCUUCAGGCAGGGAUCCAAUCCCACCUCACCCAGCCCACUGGUCUCCUGUCGGACUUGCAGACUAUGUAGCCACUAGCAGGGCUGUGACUGUCCAUAGAAAGGGUCAGCAGGGAGGCCAGUCGGGAGGGGAACUGCCCUUCUGGUCCCCCGUCUACCAUCCAGGCAGGCCUGGGUGUGACCGGCCACAGCGCCCCUGCAUACAGACUCAAAUUUAACCUCGAAAGCUCAGAGGCUCAGGACAAGUGUUAGAGCGUGAAGUGGAGAAAUGAAGUCUCAAGCCCCGUCUUCUUCUUCUGCCCGUGUGGUUUUACGCUCACCCCGGAUCCCUCAGGCCCUCGACCUUCCCUCUGAGACAAAACCAGGUCCGGGCCCUUUACUCCAAGUCAGGUUUUGUGUUGUUGUGUUGUUGUGUUCCAGAAACGUGGGGUACCGAAGGUCCGCUGGAGCUGUCACGGAAGCCUCUCACUUCCUCUUUGUCUGCUUCCCAGACUGACUCUGCUUGCUGGCCUGCCUUUAUUUUCCUUUUUAAAAACACGUAUUGACAAAUGUGCCUUUGCUUUAAAAAGGUCUUGAAAACGUUAUUUUAACAAGCUUGUUUUCGGGGAACAGGGAGGGAGGGGGGUGGCGGCGAAUCGGAGCUGGUUGUCACAAAGUUGUUGAUUUUAACAUUGGAUGUAAAAUUACAAAUGCUUAUAAUAAACAAAAUAUAUAUUCAGUCUUAAAAUUUACUGUGCAGCGUGAGUUUGAGUGCUCCUUUUUGAUAAGUGUGGUUGGGGAAUCAGUUUUGUGCAUUUCAAAGCUGGUAGAGUGAUAAAAACCAUUAAUUAUAUUGCCUGUUUGUUAGAUUCAAGUAAUUGUACACUUCAGAAGUAAGAUUACCAACAUAUGUGUCCAAAGUAAACCAUCUUGGUUAUAUAAUUACAAUUCAAACUUGGUUCUAGAUGUCAACGUUAGGCAUAAUUAACUGAUUUUUGGCCAGUUUGCUCAUGUUUGAAGUGAAUGGCUUGUACUGUAUGUAAUUUUCCCCAGUCGUGUGGACAUGCUUAACUACAAUGUGAUGUAUCAUGUCCAGAUAUUUACAGUAGUCCAGUGUUUAGCAGGAAAUUAGUGCAGUACUUUAGGACUAUUUGAAAUGAGUUGACCAUCCGACACCAAGGGAAGAGAAAUGUCCUGCAAUUCCAGUUUACUGUAAACUGAGGAGGGUAAUAAGAAAAGUUACGAUGUUGUACGAGUAGAGUACAGCUUCAAAUGAGCCAUUUUCUCAGUCACUGGUUUGUAUAUGAAAGUAUGUUCAAAAUAAAACCUGCUGUAAAAUGUUAA